AUGCGCCAAGGCGCUAUCCUUUCAAGAAGGUACGCAUCCUCCGGCCGUGCCGCUCCUAUCUCUAGGGUCGGUUUUGCUCCUAAAGCUGCCUUGAGUGUUUCGCUUUUGGCAGUUGCCAUCAUGUACCCUAUCAACCAGGCUCUGAAUGAUGUGAAGGAGCAGGUCAAGGAGCAAACCAAGGAGCUUGUCGAGGAUGCUUCCAAGCAAACCGAAACCGUGAAGGAGGAUAUCAAGGCUGCUGUUACCCCAGAUGAGAAGAAACCCGAAGAUGACUCUGAGAAGCCAGAGGAAGCUCAGGCUGCCUUCAACCCCGAGACUGGUGAAAUUAACUGGGACUGUCCUUGUCUCGGAGGCAUGGCUCACGGUCCAUGUGGCGAGGAGUUCAAGGAGGCAUUUGCAUGUUUCGUCUACUCGGAAACCGAGCCAAAGGGCAUCGACUGCAUCAAGAAGUUUGAAGCCAUGAGAACUUGCUUCAAGCAGCACCCUGAGCAUUACAAGGAGGAGCUUUACGAGGAUGAUGAGGUGCCAAGCGUCGAGACGGAUGCUUCAUCUGAGGGUACUGCCGCUGUUACUGCCACUGUUACUGAUGCCACCUCUUCUAACAGUGAAGCAAAGGAGGUUGCUCCUGUAACAGAAAGCAUCCCUUCUGAGGGUCCUUCUCAUGCCCACUCUGAGUUGCCUUCCACUGCCCCUGCUGAGGGCGCAAAUGCAUCUGACGUUUCUUCUUUGAAGGUGACAGCCAAAAAGGACGCUAAUUCGGGAGAAGAGCAACCCAAGCUUUGA